AUGUUCCACUUCGAAAAACACCCGAUCACGAAUGAGGAGGAGGCCAAGGAGGUGACGAAGCGAUUCACGGAGAAGGAGCAAGACCUCCUCAGAAAAGCCCUGGUCACCGCUUUCCAAGAUCGAGCAAAAUCUCAGGGCGUAUCCUCCUUACUAUCAAGAGAAGAAGCUCGUGCUCUAUUCACCUUCAACGCGAUCCCGUUCAUCGGUUUCGGUUUCCUCGACAACAUGAUCAUGAUCCUGGCCGGGGAGUAUAUCGAUCAGCAACUGGGUACUCUCCUCUGUUUGUCUACCAUGGCCGCGGCAGCUAUCGGGAACAUCGUGUCGGACGUGGCCGGAGUUGGGUUGGCUCACUAUGUUGAGGCUUUCGUGGGAAAAUUCGGUGUCAAACAACCGGUGCUGUCGGCAGAGCAAUUGGAGAGCAACAAGGCCCGCUGGACCACCAACAUGGCGAGAGCGUUCGGGCUGACCGUCGGCUGCAUAAUCGGCAUGUUCCCGCUGUUCUUUUUUGAGGAUGACGAGGAGAAGGGGAAGAAGAAGGAAGAGCUGAAAGCGCGG